AAAGAUACACAUUAGUGGGAUUUUGAUCUGGAUCUAUUAGAUCACAUAUUAUAAGCCAUUUUUUUAAAAUAUAUUCAAUAAAAUUAAAUUAAUUGAAGUUGUAUUGGAUACUUUUUAAAUCUGGCUUGGUUUUUCAUCACACGUUAUUCCUACGCUAAAAAAGAUAAUAUUUUCUGAUUUGAUUUAUCUCUAUCGAUACAAUGCAGGAAUAGAUUUUGAUUUUUUGAAUAUUUAAAGAUUCAGAUAUCCAUAUGUACGUCAGAGAGAUGAUCUUGGCAUUAAGUUUUGUUGCAUUGAGUUUCAUUGUACCGAACUCUCAAGCAACACCAAGUCUACAGGAGCUACUUAAUGUAACGUGUACGAAUGAACGCCCUAAAUUUUGCUUGCCUUAUGGAGCUUGCUGCAGGAUCUCCGAAUUCUGUGAUACCCGUACCGGGAUGUGCGAACCAUGUCUUCCCAUGGAAGUCCUUAAGAACUCAGAACAGGAGAGAACAAUUUGGUGUCGAGAUAAAGGCCAGCAUAAUAUAUCGUUGAUGCGGAGUGAAUCGUGUCCGCUGGCCUGUUAUGAUCUCUUCAGUAUCAAGGACAUGAUUCCUUUAAAAGAAACAAACUUCUCAAUAGAUAAUGUCACAAGUUUCACAGAAGUGAAGAUAGACUACAGCACGAGCCACCACGGAAGAAUGAGUACCGCUGCAAUCAUAUUAUCAAGUGCAGCAGUAUUUCUUAUGUUGGCGAUCGGUACAUUUUUAAUUCUUUCUUACAUUAUCAAGUACCGUCCAAAAAAAUCUCAAUCAGCGCAUCCAUUAAUUAAAGAAUCUAUUUCAAGUAAAGAGUCAUCAGCGCAUCCAUUAAUUAAAGAAUCUACUACAUGUAAAGAAUCAUCAUUUGUGGUAGAUAUGAGUUUCAAAGAACAGACUGAUGAAGAUAACCUAUAUACAAGCCAAGUGACAGCCAGUACGCCAAUGAGCAAUCCCGUUGAAAAAUGUUUACUCGAAAUGAAGCCUUCGGAAGAGGGCAUCAUUGACCUUAGUAACAAAAACAAUGUUAGGACCAACACACUGACUCCAUUGGUUUCACAAGAGAUCAUCGACAAAGCGCAUAUAAUGGAGUGAUAGAAAGCCUGAAGAUGAAUAUAAAGGAAACGAGGACUCCAACUGCAGAAAUGCUGAAAAGAUCUCAGAAGACGAGAUUGUCAAAGAACUUUUGCUGAGAUGAUAGGAAAACAAUUAUUUGCUACUAUUUCGUCAAGUGUAAACAUCAUCAGCUUGUUCAUGAAUUUAACGUCAAACUUUUGGCUAGAAAUAUGUAUAAACGUGGAAUAGAAACUUUUUAUGUCUUUGUCCCAAGGAUAGGA